GCUUCUUGUCUCAACACAAACAACUCUUCGUUCUUCAGGCUUCACCUCCUUGAAUGUAUAUCUGUCUGUCUGAGCCUGAGAAAUGGGAAAUACGCCAUCAAAAAUUAAAUGCCAAUCGCUUUUCAAUGGCAUCAAGUCGCUUUGGAAACGAUUAUACUCCGUAUUUUCGACCGCACAGACAACAUCCAGUUCAUUUUCUGAUGUGACAUCCGAAGUUGACCGGAAUCACGAUACCAUCGCAUCGUCCGAGUCUGAAGAGGCAAUACUAUAUCCAAAUCGCAGUUCUACUACAGCAGAAUCUGGUUCCGUCUAGAUCGUAUCCAGCCUCUUCCACAGAUUUAUCGAUUUUGAUGCCUGAGGUGACCUCGCUCGAAACUGGAGGUUGGAGGGAUGGCUUCUCCGAUUGCGCUGACAGUGAAUUUCAAGUCCUAGCCAAAAUGAUGGUGUGUUAUGAAGUCAUCACAUCAUUCACUGAGACUGGCCGAGCGGAAUUGACCAUCAAGGUUCCACUGCAGUGGGUCUACACUGGUCAAAAGCCUGUUAUACCAUCCUCUCUCGCUGACACUCCCUGCGCUACCCUCGGCAUUCAAGGUAUCUUGAUUCAACUCAACACCUACCUCGGAAUGUCACAUACCCUCAAUACUCUGUGUCUCUCCUCCCUUCUUGAAGAAUACAUCAAGAACAACUAUGAUUUUGGCACAGCAUAUGGCCAUCUCUGCAUGGUAUGGAAGACCAAUAAUCCCAGCACCAUUCAAGAUGAACUACACAAACUGCCAUGGUGGGUUGUCGACUUGAAGCCAUGGCAAUUACCAAACCCAAUAUCACAUGCUUGGAUGGAUGAGAAGGAUCAUAUCAAUGUGUGGACCCCUAUCAAUGGGAAGGAAUGGCCCGUGCCCAUCCCAAAGGAUGUGGACCUCUGCUCGAUCAGGAUUGAGAUGCUGAAUCUGGGAUUGGAACAGAAAGAUGGGCUAAGGGAGGAUCUGCAUGUAGAGGAGUGGAAGCUGGAUGUGCCCACAAUUGGAAGGGUGUAUGCAUGGGCCAGGGUGGCAAUCUACCUGAGUGGGUUGGGGAAGCCUUUGAGACUGAAGGAGGGUGACUUGGAUAGUGAUCAGAGUUGGUUUAGGCAUGCAUGGACACUGCAGGAGAGCCCAGGAAUAUUUUUAGUGUACUGGCAGAUAUGCAGAACUGUGUCAACCAACUCUGUGGACAAAGUUGCAGGACUGGCAUUUCCUCUGAGGCCCCAGACAAUACCAGCAUACCAUGAGAGUGGGUCUCUUGAGGAUGCAUGGACAGCACUAGUGAAUACAAUGUGCUCUGAUAUGCAGGCUAAAUUGCUCUUUUUGUAUCCUGAAGUAGGACAAGGAUGCAAGAAAUGGAGACCAACAUGGGAGCAGGUCAUGACAGACCCUCUGCCAAAGGAUGUUGGCUGUCUUGGGUAUGUUGAGUAUGAUGAUGAGAAGGAUGAGGACUGGUAUGAAGGCUCUUGCAUUGAAAAGGGGCUUGUGCAGGGUUCUGGUGCAGGAUCCACAGAAGGGGGUGUUCAACAUGGAGAGUUAGUUGUUGAAGAUGCAAAAGGAAUGCUGCACAUAUUCAAAAUCAUUGCUGCCCACCAGUACCUGAUACCUGAAGACUCAUAUACACUGCUUGGUGAUACUGAGCCUCCAAAAUGUUGGGCUGUUGGCCAACGAUUACCAGAAGCAAGAUUUGAGAAAGUGUCAGUGUUUGAAAUCACUGACAGAGAGGAAGCAAGAAGGCUGGAGGACCUAGAUGUAUUGAAAGAGCUCUUUUACAAGUCCAAGUUUACAAGGAUUCAUUCUUUUAUGGCAGAUUUCUGGCCUUGGAACCUUACUUUUAAGAAUGACAUCUGAUUUCAACAGUGACAAAUUGCUGUAGUGGUGACUUCACACUGGCCGCUGAUUCUUCCCUUUUUUUCAGCAAAUGCUGCUUUCUCAUGGCAUCUUGUAAGCCACCAACUUGACAAAUAAUGUCAAACAAAGGGCUUGUCACUCAUGUUCAGUGAUUCAAGCACAAUUGUAGGCACUGUGGUCUGAGUGAGUUGAAUGGAUUCUUAGGUAG